AUGAGCAAGACGACUGCCCGGGCUGGGGCCAGGGAAAAUGUCCUUUCGAGGCGGCAGAUUGAGGGCAUGAUUGCUGAAAACAAGCAUAUCAUCAUCCUUGACGGUAAAGUCCUUCAAUUGGAUUGUUGGAUGAAAUUCCACCCUGGCGGCCCCCUAGCCAUCAAGCACAUGUUAGGCAGAGAUGCGACAGACGAAGUGAACGCACUGCAUUCACAGGAAGCACUUUCGCAGAUGAAGAAAUUCCAAAUCGGUACCAUCGAGGGAAGGUGGACCAACUUUCUUCCUCCCAUCCAAGGCGGCACUUUCCGCCUAUAUAGUGAAUUGGAGGAAAGAAUGUCCUCUUCGAGUUCAGAGACUGAGCUCUCAAGUGAGGAAUCUUCGCCGCCCCCAUCGCCACUUUUUGAAGCAGCGGAUGCCGGUUUAAGACGCAGGCGUUCGGUAUCUACUAUCUCAUCAGUAGCCAGCACCACUACCCCGACAAAAGAAACCAAAGGAGGAUAUACUAUGGACGCCCGAACACAGGAAGAGAUUCAGCUAGAUACAUCCAAGUAUCCUCCGAUCACCCCCGAGCACCAAGAAAACAUCACGCAAAAAUACCGCCAACUCAACGAGCGUAUUCGUGCAGCUGGACUGUACAAUUGCAACUAUUCCGCGUACGCGAUCGAGAUAUGCCGAUACAGUCUACUUUUCGGUCUCUUCCUUUUCUUCUUGAACCGGUCUUGGUUUUGCCUAUCUGGUUUGUUCUUGGGAUGCUUUUGGCAUCAACUAGUCUUCUCCGCCCAUGAUGCUGGCCACAUGGGUAUCACUCACGACUUUCAAAUCGAUACUACCAUCGGCAUGAUUAUUGCAAACCACCUGGGGGGGCUUAGUCUCGGCUGGUGGAAACGAAGUCACAAUGUCCACCACAUUAUGACCAAUGCCCCAGAGCACGAUCCCGAUAUUGAACUGAUGCCAUUUUUCGCUCUAUCGCAUCGCUUCUUUGGCAAUCUCCGCAGCACAUACUAUGAUCGAAUCAUGGAAUAUGAUGCGGUGUCGAAGGCGGUCGUCAAGUAUCAGCACUAUCUUUAUUACCCGAUUCUUCUAUUUGGCCGUUUCAACCUCUACUUCUUGAGCUGGGAGCAUAUCAUUGUCGGCCGUGGCCCUCGACACGGUGCAGGCUGGUGGCACCGUUGGUUUGAGUUAUCUGGUCAGGCUUUUUUCUGGACAUGGUUCGGUUACGGAGUUGUCUAUCUCAGCAUUCCUUCCUGGUGGAGUCGAAUUGCUUUCGUUCUGAUUUCUCAUAUGGUUACUGCACCGCUGCAUGUGCAGAUUACUCUCUCCCACUACGCAAUGUCAACUGCCGACCUCGGUCCCCGCGAGUCAUUUCCUCAGAAGAUGCUUCGCACCACCAUGGACGUGGACUGCCCACCCUGGCUGGACUUUGUUCAUGGAGGCCUCCAGUUCCAGGCCAUCCACCAUUUAUAUCCCCGCAUUCCCCGCCACAACUUGCGCAAGACGCAAGAAUUUGUCAAGGAAUUUUGUGAGGAUGUGAAUAUUCCUUAUGCAGUCUUCACCUUCUUUGAUGGCAAUAAGGAAGUUAUCAGUCGACUCGGGCAUGUUGCCAAGCAGGCAAGGAUCUUAGAGGAGUGUCGAAAGGCGUGUGCAGAGCAGGGUGUCUUUUCAGACCACCAUUCACACUGA